CGCACCUUGGAGCAGCCUUUUUAACCCUGAGACUCUCCCAGCUCUCCUCUUCACACAGGAAGUUUCCUUCACUGUUGUCAGAUUUAGCACUGUGUCCUGUCAUCAGAUCUGAGCCAAGCUCCUUGCUGCACAGUAGAGAGGCUUGCUUAAGACAUUUGUCCUUGAAACUGCACCAAACUCUUGGAAGAACCCGGAACGUCUGACCACCUGCUGGUUCGUCAAUGAAGCGAUAUUAAAUUAUGAAGAUGUAAGGAAGACACCUGAAGCUAACAUUGUUGCAGUUUGAAAGGCUUCUCUGCAGAAUGUCAAACAAAGAUCGACACAUUGAUUCCAGCUGUUCGUCCUUCAUCAAGACGGAACCCUCCAGCCCAGCCUCCCUGACGGACAGCGUCAACCACCACAGUCCUGGUGGCUCUUCUGACGCCAGUGGGAGUUACAGUUCAACCAUGAAUGGUCACCAGAACGGACUGGACUCACCACCUCUCUACCCUUCUGCUCCUAUCCUGGGAGGCAGUGGGCCUGUCCGGAAGCUGUAUGACGACUGCUCCAGUACGAUCGUCGAGGAUCCCCAGACCAAGUGUGAAUACAUGCUCAACUCGAUGCCCAAGAGACUGUGUUUAGUGUGUGGUGACAUCGCCUCUGGGUACCACUAUGGGGUUGCAUCUUGUGAGGCCUGCAAGGCUUUCUUCAAGAGGACGAUUCAAGGUAACAUAGAAUACAGCUGCCCGGCCACAAAUGAAUGUGAAAUCACAAAGCGUAGACGCAAAUCUUGCCAGGCUUGCCGCUUCAUGAAGUGUCUCAAAGUGGGCAUGCUGAAAGAAGGGGUGCGUCUUGACAGAGUGCGUGGAGGUCGGCAGAAGUACAAGCGCAGAAUAGAUGCGGAGAACAGCCCGUACCUGAACCCUCAGCUGGUGCAGCCAGCCAAAAAGCCAUAUAACAAGAUUGUCUCCCAUUUGUUGGUGGCGGAACCUGAGAAGAUCUAUGCCAUGCCUGACCCUACGGUCCCCGACAGUGACAUCAAAGCCCUCACUACGCUGUGUGACCUGGCUGACCGAGAGUUGGUGGUUAUCAUUGGCUGGGCAAAGCAUAUUCCAGGCUUUUCCACACUGUCCCUGGCGGAUCAGAUGAGCCUUCUGCAGAGUGCUUGGAUGGAAAUUUUGAUCCUUGGUGUUGUCUACCGAUCCCUUUCGUUUGAAGAUGAACUUGUCUAUGCAGACGAUUAUAUUAUGGACGAAGACCAGUCCAAAUUAGCAGGCCUUCUUGACCUAAAUAAUGCCAUCCUGCAGCUGGUGAAGAAAUACAAGGGCAUGAAACUGGAGAAAGAAGAAUUCGUCACCCUCAAAGCAAUAGCUCUUGCUAAUUCAGACUCCAUGCACAUAGAGGAUGUGGAGGCGGUCCAGAAGCUUCAGGAUGUUCUACAUGAGGCUUUGCAGGAUUACGAGGCUGGUCAGCACAUGGAAGACCCUCGCCGGGCUGGCAAGAUGCUGAUGACGCUGCCGCUGCUGCGGCAGACCUCCACCAAGGCCGUGCAACACUUCUACAACAUCAAACUGGAAGGCAAAGUCCCCAUGCACAAACUUUUUUUGGAAAUGCUAGAGGCCAAGGUCUGACUAAAAGCACCCUGGGCUUUCCCCUUCUGCACACUGAAAAAGGGAAAAUAAACCCAAGAGCGAUGUCGAAGAAUCUUAGAAUUUAGUGAACAACAUCAAAAUCAGCAAAGACUGCACUGAUAUUUAGCAGCAAGACUAAGAUGCAGCUUGCAGACCCCUCCACAUCUUCCUGAUAAAUGUCCUCUCGGCUUUAUCUGCCUUCUUUCCUCCUUUUCCUGUAUUUCCCUGUUUUCCCUUCCCUCCCUUCCUCUUUCCCUUUCUCAUUUCCUGAAUUCCUUAAUUACUACUCCCUCUUCUCCCUAC